UAUCAGUCCUUUGAUUAAUCUAUUUGAUACACAGAUAUCUGAUUAGAAGAUCGUUCAGAUUAUGGGGGAGACUGUGAGGCUCGGUGUUGUGUUGGUGCUGUGGGUCCUAAUGCUGCACGGGUCGCCCGCCUGACUGCCUGCCUGUCUGUCUGCUGCUGCUGCCGCCGUGCAGGAAGAGCAGGACAGCGGCAGGCGGUAACUAGCCUCGGCCACAGGCGACUGUAAACAACACGCAUUUCAUAAUCCGCACAACACAGAGAGAGAUAGGGGGACAGCAGUUCUGCGGGCUUUUAAAACUUCACCCUUCGGUCUGCGGACUCCUGAUUACGAGCAGUAAACCCGCUACAGGAUCAACUACUGAUAUAAAACAGCCUGCCUGUAGAUAGUUAGCCACCUUAGAUUGCCUAGCUAAUGCUAGCUCGAUAUUGGCAGAGCACUGCGUUAACCUUAGCUACAUUGCUAAUUUUAGCUCCGUAGCGAAGCUAGCUUUAGCUCUGUUGGUGUUUGGCUCGGUCGCUAACCAGGUUAGGUUAGCUAGCGUAGCUAAGUUAGUUAGAGCUACCUUAAACAACUGGUCAAACAACCGAGAAGUCUGUGACCGUUAGCUCAUAUAACCUAGCUAAGCGACAAUACUGUGUGUUGGUAUAUUAACAGUGUAAAAACAGUGGCUAUGGAUACGUGUUAUUAAUGUAGCUUAGCUAGCUUAGCUCGUUAGCUAGGUUAGCUAGCUAUUGACACACCACUGCGUUAACGUUAGCUAUAUUGCUAACGUUAGCUAAGCUAGCUUUAGCUCUGUUUGCGUUUGGAUCGGGUCGUUAACCAAUAGGUUAUCUUGUGUUAUUUUUAAAGCUGGACAAACUAACGAGACGUUUGCGACUGUUAUCUAGCUAAUAUAACAUAGCUAAGCACCGUACUGCGUGGGAAUGUAGCUUAGCUCCUUAGCUAGCUUAGCUUAGCCGAACUAGCUAAUGCUAACUGCCUAGCAAACACAGUAUCUAGUUAGCUAAGCUAGCUUCAAGAUCGACUCCACGACUUCAAGUGUAAUGAUAGUUUAAACAUUUUAAAGACUAGAAUUCACGUUUUAGAAUCAGUGGUUUGUGUAACAACUACAUAACUCUCUAGCUAGCUUUGUUUGCUUGUUAUAUACCACUAGCUUGAGUGGCAGCUAUGCACAUCUGUAUUCCUCUAAGGCUGGCUAGUUCAUCAUUUUUAGUCGUAGCAGAUUGCAACGCUACGAAAUCACACCCAGAUGCAGGUAACUAAGGGACUACAGUCUUUUGCUUCUAACUGUACAGUGUCAGCUGUUGUCAGUGUAAAUGUCAGGCGUUGAAGUUACUACUGUAUGCAUCAUAACAACGUUAAAUCGGCUGUUUAUUAUGGAUUAGCCUGAAAGUGUUCAUAAUGAGAUGAAGAACGAGGAGUAGGAAACUGAAGCUGAUGGAAACAAUAAGCAUCAAUGAGUGUCAGCGAUGAAUAAUCAACAUUCAAAUGGUUUUUAAAAUAUUUCAACCAUGGGUGACAUGAAGACCCCUGAUUUUGAUGACCUUUUGGCUGCCUUUGACAUCCCUGAUGCUACCAGUCUGGAUGCCAAAGAAGCCAUCCAGGAGAGUCAGGAUGAUGCAGAAGGCCACCUUAAACACCCAGAGUUGUGCAUGGACAAUACAGCAUCCGUUCCUCACCCAGGGACUCCAUCGGAUGCUCCAGCUGUUAGUGUAAUAGUGAAAAACACUAAUCGUCAGGACUCUUUUGAACCCCACCUGGAAAAGGAGAGCUCACAGUUGGAUCAUCUCCUUCAAAAUGGGUUCAGGAAUUCUUCAAGCUCCCUUGACACGGAUCUUACCACUCAUAGUGAUUAUACAAUGUUGGAUGCUUCACCUUUGAAUGGGGACUGCUCAAGUGGAUUCUUGGAAAAAAAUCCUCUGACCUACAAUACAGAAAAGACUCCUACUCUCUCAAAGUCCAACUUAAGCUCUGCAUCCAGCCCAGAGUCAGAAGAAAUUCUGAGCAAUGGUAUUAUUAACUGUCCACAUCAUGGAGAUUCAUUUUUUUCAAAUGACUCACUGUUAAUGUCUGCAGACACCUCUAUGUCAGACAAUCAUGGAAACUCACAAGCAUACAAAGAUUCUGGUUGUGAAUUUGUGGAAAGCCCCAUCAGUGUGCCCGUGUUUCCGAUGGGAGGUGAAAGUUCAGAGUAUAAAAAAAAUCAGUUGGAAAAGACCUGUGAUCCAGUAACAGUGGAUGAUUGCACUGAUGAUGCUGGAAAAAGUUCAUACCCAACCCCUGAAACUAACCCUUCCUCUCCUCAUACAUGCGUCAAAACUCAGCCCUCAAAACUUUCUUCAUGCCUUGAUGCACUGGUGGCAUUGAAUGCACAAAGUGAUCCUAGUGAGCAAACAAAUCCAAGAGACUUGCAAGUGGCUUAUAAGGAAAACACAAAAGUUAGUCCUAAAGUGCCCAUAUCACCAAGGAGCCCAAGAAGCCCCCUCGAAGUAGUAAAACGAUUAAUUAAACAACCUGACAGCCCUAUGAGCAUAUGCAGUGACAGCAGUGGAAAAGCAUCUCCUGCUCUGGUUGCAGGGUCACCCCUAGCAAUUCCCAGGGUCAGAAUUAAAACAAUCAAAACCUCCUCUGGCCAAAUCAAACGGACUGUUACUAGCAUAUUUCCAGAUUCUGAACCUGAAGACCUCCAGUCACCCUUUGGAUCAUCUCCAUCUCAGUCAUCAGUUGAUGAUUCCUUCUUUAGGACAAUGCCUGUGUGUCAUUCCCAAGACAUUGCCAGUGAGGUUAUUUUUGAAAAUGGAAAGCAUGAGUCCUCAAAGACACCUCCCUCAGGUUGUGCAUCAGCAAAUACUGAUACUUCUAAAAGUUCAAAGAAACCCCAGUCCCCAAACGAUAGCUGUGGACUGAAAAGAACUCAGAAAGCAAGUAAGCAGAGGAAACUAUCUCCAUCUCCAACCAGCUGUUCUGCUAAUCCAAAUUACCUCCCUAAAGCAUUACACUUGGCAAACCUGAAUCUAGUUCCACAUAGUGUCGCUGCUUCAGUUACAGCAAGAUCCUCCACUCACAGGCAAGACCACACUCAGUUGUCUUCUCCUACAGUAUGCAGCAGUGUACCUUUAGUGCACCAAGUUCAAAAAACCUCCCCAAACACACGUGCCAUUAUUCCCAAUACUGCUGCUGGAACUUUAAACAGACUGUUAAAUUAUACAAACCCUGUGCCAACGUAUGUGCCCAAUCUGAGUCCUCCACCUGACAGUGAUAUUAAGCUCCCAGCUCAUGGCUUCUGCUGCCUGGAGUGUGGCGAUUCUUUUGGGCUAGAGAAGAGCCUCGCUUUUCAUUAUAGCAGGCGGAGUGUGCAUAUUGAAGUGACCUGCACCCACUGCUCAAAAACCCUUGUGUUUUUCAACAGGUGCGCGCUUCUAGCACACGCUCGAGAUCACAAGAAUAAAGGCAUGAUGAUGCAGUGCUCACAGUUAUUCAUGAAGCCAAUAGCUGUUGAUCAGAUGUCCAUGUCCAGUAAGCCUGAACAGUCUGCAACACAGACAGCUCAAGGAAAAAGCACUGUGCAUGCUCCCAAAAACAAUGCUGUCAUGCCUCUCUAUCCAGAUAAAGUUGUUCAGCCACUUAAAUGCCUGGAAUGUAAUAGGCAGAUGUUGGAUUAUACAGCACUCGCAGGUCACUUUCAAAGAGCAUCGACAGAGUCUGAGGGUUUGACUUGCAAAGUUUGCGCAAUGCUGCUUCCAAACAAGUGUAGCUACAGGGCCCACCAUCGAAUUCACACCAAAAAGUCUCCUUUCUGCUGCCCUGAAUGUGGUGCUCUUGGUCACUCUCUGGACUUUCAGAAGCAUGUAAAGGAGAACUGCCUACACUAUGCACGCAAAAUAGGUUAUUCGUGCCUGCAUUGUGAGACACUUUUCAUGUCAAUUCCUCUCCUAAAGAGUCACAUUGAGGAGAAGCAUUGUGAGGUCCUUUAUAAGUGCACCAUCUGUCCUGUUGCUUUCAAGUCAUCUGAUGGCUGCCACAUGCAUGUCAAGAGUAAGCAUGGUGGCAGUGAACCUUCGUAUCAGUUGAUCCACAAAUGCUCCUGUGAAACUGUUUUUAAGAAGAAACAGCUAUUGUAUCAACAUCUCCAUCAGCGCACAUGCAUAUUCAGGUGUCCUGAAUGCACAUCAUUCUUCAUGAAAAAAAUAGCGUUGGUGCAGCAUUUCAAGGGGGUUCAUGGAGGUGUCUUCAGAGGUGAAAAAUACCCAAAGGCUGAGACAGAGUCAGCUUCACAUAAACUGAAUAGUGUGUCAGCAAACCACCGGGCAAAGCUAACCAAACCCGGUAAUAAAGCUGUCCGAGAAGCUAGGGACUGCUCAAGUUCACAGAAGUCGAGCAGUUUAAAGAAAACCGGCUGGACCUGUGGAGAAUGUCUUCUGUGGAUGCCUGACAGGGAGACGUAUGUCAGUCAUAUGAAGACCAGCCAUGGAAAGUCAGUGAAAAGAAAUCCCUGCCGGUUAUGUGAAAGGUCCUUCAGUUCGUCCACAGGUCUCAGACGACACAUUCGUAUUGAUCAUGAUGGGAAGAAAAAAGUUUACACAUGCUGGUAUUGCACAAAUGAGAAAAUGACCUUCACCCAACUCUCCAUGCUAAAGAACCACCUCAGCUUAAUGCAUGGAAUCAAGAAUCCAGACAUCAGUCUCAUGGCUAAGUUAGCCUCUCAAGAGACAAGUAAAUCCAUGGGGUUGGGGCCUAAGAGAUCUGCAGCAAAAGACAGUGGGGAGAAAGGAGACAGUUUAACAUCAGACACCACUCCUUCCAAACGUCUGAAACCCCUUUUUCGCUGCGCCAAAUGUGGCCUCACAACUGGUGACCCAGUACAGUUCCAAAAACACAUACCUCAACACAAAACAGAUGCCGAUACACCCCAGUGCCAGAACUGUGGCCUGUGCUUCACAUCACAGGUGGCACUGAGCAGGCACCUCUACAUUGUGCACAAGGUGAAGGAACCCGAGGGGAACCAAAAGAACAGUCCAAGUGGAUUUACGCCAAAAUAUGAAACGGGCCUAUCUGAACUUCAGACUGAAAUGUGCAGCAAGACUUCACUGGCACUUCAGUCCAAUAGUGCUCUUUAUUCUGGCAGCAAAGUUCACACUGUGCAUGAAGGAAAGGAGUAAUUGACCUGUUCAGUCAGCAGCUGCUAUAUGUCUAACAGGUUUUCAGAGAGAAUGAUGGCUGGGCAUGCUUACCAACAGUGCAGUAUAUGCAGCAGACAAAUGUGAUUAUCAAAACACGUUGCCUUACAGUGAAUUCUAUAUUUAUCUUAAGCUAAUGAACUGUUUAGAACAAGUAGUUAAAAAAAAUCAUUGCAUCAUAUUCAUGACGUCAAGCAAUGCUGUUAAUGCAAUUAAUCUUCUCAUUUCCAUUCAUGUAUGUAGAUAAUCAUAAUUUAUUGUAUUUUUUAAUCAUUAUGGCAGCAUAAUUCUGUUAUUCUUUUAAGCAAAAUGUAUGUCUUUGGUACAGGCUACAUAUCUAUCAUAUGAAAUGUAUCUUUGGUACAUUAUACCGCUGGCUCAUCCAAAUGAAAUGUAAUGUAUGAAUUUAAUGUUAUAUUCAACAGACAUGCUGGACAGUCAUGCAGCACUUUGACCAUUUACAGGGUCACCAAAUAAGUAAUCAGGGCAUAACACAACGGAAUUGGGUACCUUUCAACAGCCAUAGAAAGAAUUUGAGAUGGUGCUUCUGGUAGCUAGCCAAGGAUGCUUCUGAACAAAUUCUGAACAAACAUAUUUGGGGGUCAGUGUAAGAUCUUUGUUCAGGUUGCAGCAAGCCUCUUUGAAAGGGGGACUAUGGAUAUUUUACAGUGUUUCUAAUGGAAAUCAGUAUUGUUACUUUUGGAGACCAUAUGGCAUACUUCAGAAAGGUGUUAAUGUAAACCCAGGUAUCUGCACUCAGAGAGGAUAUAUUUUCAUAUUCAUUCCAUUUACUAGUCUUGCUAGCAUUUAUAUUUAAUGAGCCAUUCUUACAAUCAAAAUAGCACUUUUGUAAAUGCAUAUAUGGAGUAACAGGACUUCACAACUUUAAUAUUUACUCAGAUCUAUAUCUUCACUCUUGUGAAAGAGUAUAUCGGUGCUGUCACACAAAACCUUGUAUCUUGCUGUGAUUCACUUUUUGACUUUUAAUCUGGCAGUUAUGUAAAUUUUUUAUUAUGAAUGGACCAGUAGAAAUGCUCCAGAAUGACUCCGUUGACUUUCCUUAAAAGUUAAGAAGGGUUCUUCCUUCUCCUGUAAAGUGAUCAUUUUAGAUACAAACGUUUUUUGUUUGACAGCGACUACAAGUUUCAUGUUUUUGUUCUUCAUAAAUGUAUUUUCGGAUUAUUAUAGUUUGUCUUUUAUUUUGUAUUUUAUUCUGAUUGUGUCUUGAUUAAAACUCUACAUCGGAAAUGUGUCUGCUGUUGACAAUUUUUGGAUAUACUAAUCAAUAUAUGCGCUGGUCAAUUUCAGUGUAAAAAGAUUUUAUUUCAAGUCAUUGCAGAGCAUUUAUAAUGGUUCAGUCAUAACUUAAUUCUGGCAUAACGUAAAUGGCAUAUGAUUGAAAUAAAACUGCCAAAAAGGAAAAACAAGGGUUUUGCAUGAUUGAUACCUGCUAGUUUAAUUGUCACAAUGCAGCAGUUUCAGUAAGUGACCUACAAUCAUCAUCGUAAUAAAACAAAAUGUCUUA